CGAGCGCGGCCGCCCCCGCCCGCAGGCUGACGCUGCGCACCCUCUCCCCAGGAGGACCCCGUCCUGAUCCGGCCUUUCCGCGGCCACACGGCGGCGGUGACGGGCGUCGCCUUCGACGCGAACGCGGCGGAGCUGGCGACAACUUUUUGAGCAAACCACAAGGCUGGAGGAGGGGUUUGUCCCGCGGAGAGAGAGGAGGAGGAGGAGGAAGUAAGUGAGGGGAGCGCCGAGGCCGGAGGGGCAGGGGCUGCUCCGUGCCUCCGCUGCCGCCCCUCUCCCCCGCGGUCUCCUUGGAAUCUACCGGGCCCACCACGGAGGGCUGGCUGCAAACUCUGCCGGCGUCCCGAGCCCGAGGCUGGGAGUGCCUGCAGCCCCAUCCUCCCUGCGGGCGUGGGGAGAGCCGGCAGGAGUUCACGGACCCCUCUCUGCCAAGGAGCUGCUUUUAACUAUUUAAGAUGAGGAUUCGUCUGGCGAGAAGAUGGACGUGGAUCCGCAAAAGCUGCGUGUUCCUCGGCUUCUUAAUGAUCGCUUACUUUGUGGUCGAGCUGUCCGUUUCUUCCUUCGGUGCCUCCCUCGCCGGCAAGAGCAUCACUAAAGGGAAAUGGGAGAGGCGCUUUUCUGACGGAGCAGAAAAAGCUGUCGAUUUGGCUCGUCCAGUUUAUGACAAACCCCCACCCGAUCCUUAUGCUCCAGGAGAAUGGGGUAAACCCUUUCGCCCCCAGCUGAGUCCUGAGGAGCAGAAACAGGAAGAAGAGCUGAUUGAGAAGUAUGCAAUAAAUAUUUAUUUAAGUGAUAAAAUUUCUCUCCACCGGCACAUUGAAGAUAAUCGACUGAGUGGUUGUAAAACUAAAUCUUACAACUACAGAAGACUGCCCACAACAUCUGUUAUAAUUGCUUUCUACAAUGAAGCCUGGUCAACACUGCUGCGGACGAUACAUAGUGUUCUUGAAACGUCACCUUCAGUGCUUCUGAAAGAAAUUAUACUGGUGGAUGACCUGAGUGAUAAAAUAUAUUUGAAGGCUGAACUCGAAAAAUACAUAAGCAGUCUGAAAAGAGUUCGCCUGAUAAGAACCAACAAACGAGAAGGAUUGGUUCGUGCACGCUUGAUUGGCGCUACCUUUGCUACAGGUGAUGUUCUCACAUUCCUAGAUUGUCACUGUGAAUGUGUUUCCGGCUGGCUGGAACCACUGCUCGAGAGGAUUGCUGAGAAUGAGACUGUUAUUGUUUGUCCUGUCAUUGACACCAUUGACUGGAAAACAUUUGAAUACUACAUGCAAACGGCAGAGCCCAUGAUUGGAGGCUUUGACUGGCGGCUGACAUUCCAGUGGCACUCGGUGCCUAAACACGAACGUCUCAGGCGCAAGUCGGAAACCGACCCCAUCAGAUCCCCAACUAUGGCUGGUGGCUUGUUUGCUGUCAGCAAGAAGUAUUUUGAGUACCUGGGAACCUAUGAUACAGGAAUGGAUGUUUGGGGAGGGGAGAACUUAGAAUUAUCAUUUAGGGUUUGGCAGUGUGGAGGCAUGUUGGAAAUUCAUCCGUGCUCCCAUGUGGGCCACGUGUUUCCAAAGCGUGCACCCUAUGCUAGACCGAAUUUCCUUCAGAACACGGCACGUGCUGCUGAGGUGUGGAUGGAUGAGUUCAAAGACCACUUUUACAACAGAAAUCCUUCAGCAAGGAAAGAAAACUAUGGAGACAUUUCUGAAAGAAAGAUUCUUAGGGAGCGUUUGAAAUGCAAGAGUUUUCACUGGUAUUUAAAAAACAUAUUUGCUGAGUUGCAUGUACCAGAAGAUCGUCCUGGCUGGCACGGCGCUAUCCGCAGCACAGGAAUACCUUCAGAGUGCCUUGACUAUGUCUUACAGGAGCAUAAUCCUACCGGGUCUCACCUGUCUCUCUUUGGCUGUCAUGGUCAGGGAGGCAACCAAUUUUUUGAAUAUACAUCAAAUCAGGAGAUUAGAUUUAACUCUGUAACUGAGCUAUGUGCUGAAGUCCCUGAGCGUGAAGACUUCAUAGGUAUGAGGAGCUGCCCAAAAGAUGGAUCUCCUGUCCCAGAAAUUAUUAUCUGGCACUUCAAAGAAGAUGGGACUAUUUAUCAUCCUCAUUCGGGGAAGUGCCUUACUGCUUAUCGCACGACUGAGGGGCACGCUGAUGUGCAAAUGAGAACUUGUAGUGCUGGAGAUAAAAAUCAGAUUUGGAAAUUUGAGAAAUAAUCACUACUGGUAGUAUGAAUCGGAUGGACUGUGAUCUUCAAGCUUUUUACACAUGUGAGCAGAGAGCAGUGUUUGAUUGAAUACCUUGAAAUGUUUUCACAUCUGUCUGUAGUGGUGUAGAAACUGUCUACUAUGAUGAACUGUAUGGAAAGCAAAAGUAAAUAGUGGGGUUCAGUUUCUAAAACAUGGAUUAGAACAUCUAAUGCCUUUUAUUUUUGUAAAAUUUUGGUUCAUUAUUACUUUCCUCAGUCUUGAUUAUAAAACAAAGGUUUCUGAGGGGACUGAAGCGGCAUUUUUUUAAUCUUAAAAUUAUGCAAUAAUCCUGCGAGAUAAUGUUCCACGUAAACAAAAAAUUUUUACUUACAGAAGUAAAAGUUAAGGUUCUUGCAGUGGUAUUAGCUGACUGUGUUACAGAUACAUUAUAAAAUAUGUAUCUAACACCUUAAGUAAUGCUACAGUAGCAUGUGAUUGAAUGGACAUUAUUGUGGAAAGUUGAAUCCAAGCCUUGUAAUGGUCUGCGUUUUUCUGGGAAUGUACAUGCUGUUAAAGGUACUAUAUUAUACAGAAGAAUAGGAAGUUUAUUUACUAGAAGGGCUUUGGCACUGCUUUGCAGUCUUGUACCUAUUGUAAAAAUCUUACCCCAUGGGGCUUAGUCAGGAGCUCUCAUGCAUUUAGAGGAGAGCUUGGUAGCAGUGGAACCAAGGACAUGCUGGUGAUACCAGAAAUGGAAGAAAUAGGGAUGGCUACAAGUAAGAAUUUUGUUUAAAGGCAGUGGAGAAGGAAAGGAAUCACAAAAUUGCCUUAGCUACUGCUGUUUCUCAGCUAUAUAUUUAACGUAUACAUUGCUUCUGUGUAAGCUUUUCCAUGUUCAACUCCACAUCUUAGGGACACAAAAGUUAUGUGAUCUAGACCAUAUUUGGGUUUUUUGUUGUUGGUGGUUUUUUUUUCAUUUGGUCUGUCAGCAGGGUAGAGAAAGGUAACAGAGGAACAUUUGGGCUGUUUCGUUUUGCUUUUUGUGUUUUGGCAACAGCUGGCAUGGGUCAGCCCUAGCAAGAGUUUUGAAAUAGUACAGCAUAAGUUGCCUGUUUCUAGUCAAAACAAUACCACUGGAGACCCUGGGUAAGACUGGGAAGCUGAAGCUUCUGACAUGAAGGGAAUUGAGAAGACAAAGGAGAACACUAAGAUUUGUUGGUGAUACAAAUAAUUACUUGUUUAGAAUGUUUUGUCUUUUCUGUUAUGCUGAGUUUUUGAAGAAUACUGAUUCUUGAAUAGUGUCUCUUAGUGUCCCUAAUCUGUUUUGAUAGUGAUUAUAGAUGGUAGAUGUGAUAGAUAUAUUGUGUACUUGAAGAAAAAUCUUGUGUUAGUAUCUGUAUUUUAGUUUUGUAAGAUUUAAGUUGAACACUUUUCUUAGUGUGUUGGGCAUUCCAGCUGUUUUUAUUACUCUCACUGAAGUGAUAAAUGUUCUUCAGUAGCCAUAGUGUAGUAAGUCUUUACAUGGGGCUGGUAGGUAGAAACUUAAGCUAGUGAGCAUUAGUUAUCUGGAUACUUGAGGAAUGUAGUGGAUGUACAUUUGCUACAGGUGUUAGUAGGUGGAAGGGUUGAAAAGGGACAAGUGAGACUUGAUAUAGUUGAAGUUUUGCCAAAAAUAAAGUAAGUUAUAACAUAUUCUUAAAUUGUAGUGACUUGAAAGCUUGGAGAGGUUUGGGUGGAAGCAGGUUAACAUAGAAGAUGAACUGAAGAAAAUUUGGAGCUUGGAAUGCAGCAUUGAGUCAUGCUAAAAAUGCUUGCCACUGUGUGGCGUGGAUUCUUUUAAGACUUUAAUUUAUUUUUAGGCAGUUACUUGCAAUUUGAUUUUUUUUCCCUUUUUUAUCUUCCUUUUUCCCCUAAGUUGAAUUUUUGUUGUUGGUGUUUUUUUUGUUUGUUAAAAAAAAAGAAAGGGAAGUUUUUACUACAUAAAGGAAGCAUUCCUGAAAAAUUGCAUUCUACUUUGCAGCAGGAAUUCUUUUGUGUACCUGCAAGUUACGAACCAUUUAUCAAAUUUUAAAAGGCAGCCAGUCGUUAUGUACUGGGGCAAUAAAUUAUAUAAAGUAUGUGCUUUUGCAAAAACUGUAGGCUGCUUUUCUGUAGGCUGUUACAUUCAAUAGAAAUGACAGGGAAAACGCCUAGGUUCUCUUAUGUGGCAGGUCAUAAAUAGUGUGUGCAAUGCAUGUUUCUUCAGGUGAAAGUAAUUAAAUGAUAUGAAUACAGACUAUGCAAAUUUUAUACAGUUAUUUUUUUAACACUUGGCAAAAACUACUUUUUGUAUAAAGAAGUACCUUCAAGUUAAACCUGACAUUCAAAGUGUUCCUUAUCUAUUUAAGCAAUAAUUAUAAGUGAAUCUGCCUCUGAGUUUGAAAAGUUAUUCUCCCUAUGUAUCUGAACCCUUCCUCCUCCCCAUGACUUCCCUUUCUAUUUUUGGAGUUAUUUAGAAACAAACUGGGGAGAACAAAAAAAAUACUGAAUUAAAUUAGCUGUCGCUAACAAAAGAAAAAAAAAAUUAAAACCUUCCCAAUGGGAAUAAAAAAUGUGAAUAAAAGGAGAAGGGACUAGAGCGAGAGAAAGAAAGAAGGAAAAAACAAACACCUUACCAUUUCAAUACUCCUAUCCAAUUAUUUUUCAGUAUGUACAGAUUUCUGGAAAAUCUGAAUAGUUUUCUAUUCUGUUAGACUUUGAAAAUUUGGUGAAUGCUUGUACAUAUUUUAAACUACUGAUUCUAAGUGACUUAAAAAAAAUUGAAUGUAAACUUUACACUGAAUAAAUGUGGAGGGCUUUGGGAUUUCUUUUGAAAAAAUAAAAUCCAGAAAAUUAAA